AUGCCGGCCCCGGCCCCUGGCGCCCUGCGGGCCUCGCCCUUCGCGCACCCGCUGCUGCACGGCCUCCACGGCCUGGCCCGCGCGCUGCUCUUCCCGGCCUACUGGGCCCUGGACCGGCUGCUGUGCUGCUGCGCGCCCUACCCGCGCCCCAGCGGCCUGCGGUGGCUGCGCGGCGCGGGGGCGCUGCUGCUGCUGCUGCCCUGCCUGCCCCUGGCCCUGCCCGGCCUGCCGCUCUGGCUGCUGCUGCAGGCCUGGCGCCGCCCCUUCUGCUACCAGCCCCCGCCGCACUGCUGGGCGGCCCCCGCGCCCUGGAGCGCCCCCGCCGAGCCCGCGCGCAGCUUUGGCUUCCUCAGCGCCAACGUGUGCCUGCUCCCCGACGGGCUGGCGCGCUUCAGCAACCUGCCGCACAGCCAGCGGCGGGCCGAGGCCCUGGGCGCCCUGCUGCUCGCCAGCCUGCAGGCCCCGCGCCCCGGCGCUCCGGGCUGCAGUGCCCCGGGGCCCGGCGGGCCCGGCGGGGUGCUGAUAUCCACGGUGCCGGCGGGCCUGGACUUCGUCUGUCUGCAGGAGGUGUUCGACUUGCGCGCGGCCCGCCGCCUGGUGCGCCGCCUGGUGCCCGCCCUGGGCCCGGUGCUGUACGACGUGGGCAGCUUCGGCCUGCAGCCCGGGCCGCACCUCAAGCUGCUGGGAAGCGGGCUGCUGCUGGCCUCGCGCUACCCGCUGCUACGGGCCACCUUCCACGCCUUCCCCGACGCGCGGCGCGAGGACGCGCUGGUCUCCAAGGGACUGCUGUCCGCGCAGGUGCAGCUGGGCUUCCUGGACGGGCGCCGCAUCGUGGGCUUCCUGCACUGCACGCACCUGCACGCUCCCAGCGAGGACGGGCCCGUGCGCUGCAAACAGCUGACGCUGCUGCUGGACUGGGUGGAGCAGUUCGAAGCCGCAGGUCGCCCGAGCGACGAGGCCGUGGCCUUCAGCGUGCUCCUGGGCGACCUCAACUUCGACAACUGCUCGCCAGGUGACGCGCAGGAGCAGCAGCACCCGCUCUUCAGCCGCUUCCGGGACCCCUGCCGGCUGGGCGCGCGCCAGGAGCAGCCCUGGGCUUGGGGAACCGUGCUGUGCGCCUCCCGCCUGCGCCACCCCGAGGCCUGCUCCCCGGAGCUGCUGCGCAGGGCGCUGCAGCGCGAGGAGGGGCGCCGGCGCUACCUGGCGGGCCCGCCCCGCGGAGCCCCGCGGCCCCGGCCCUGGCGCGGCCGGCGCCUGGACUACGCCGCGUUCCGGGGAGAGCCCGGCGGCCCGCUGCGCCCCGAGCGGCCGCAGGUGGCCUUCAGCACGGCGCUCGCGGGGCUCACGGACCACCUGGCGGUCGGGCUGCGGCUGCGCGUGGCGCUGCGGGCCUGA